AUGUGGAAUUCAGUUAUCAGAGCGCUUACACAGAAUGGAUUAUCCUCUGAAGCUCUGGAGCUUUACUCCCGCAUGCAAGAGCUUGAGGUCAGGCCUGAUUCUUAUACUUUCCCGUCGGUUAUCAAUGCUUCUGCAGCGUUAUUGGAUUCUGAAACGGAUACUUUUACUGUAUCAAGUGUUCUGCCUGCCUGUGGUGGCUUGCUUGACAUUGACGGUGAGGUGGUCCAUGGGUUGGUUGAGAAGAUGGGGAUGAAAGCUGGCGUUAUAGUGAACAAUGGAUAUUUUUCUAUGUAUUUUAAGUUUGAUCAAUUGGUGGAUACGCAAAGGAUAUUUGAUGAAAUGGUCACAACGGAUACUGAUUCCAUUUCGUGGAACUCUACGAUAAGUGCUUACAUUCAGAAUAUCAGUUAUGGUGAAGGGAUGAAAGUCUUCAAAAUGAUGAAGAAGGAACUUAAGCCUGCUUCUGUUACUUGUAUAAUGAUAUUGUUAAUGUUUGCUAAAGCAGCUGAUUUGGACCUUGGGAAGCAAGUCCACUGUGCUGUGGCUAAAUUAGGUUUUGACUCGGAUCUGGUUGUUGAGAAUGCAUUGCUUGAUAUCUAUGCGAAGUGUUGGAGAAUGGAUGAUUCGCUCGCGCUUUUCAGGAGCACGAGAAAUCGGAAAGUGGUGUCAUGGAACACCAUCAUUGUAGCACGUGGGCAAGGAGAAGACUCUAUCUUAGCAUUCCGGAUGAUAAACCAGAUGAUAGAGAAGGAUUAUGACAUUGAGCCAAGAAUUGAACAUUAUGCUUGUGUCGUUGAUCUUCUGUCUCGAUCUGGGAAGUUAUCUAGAGCCGAACUCUUCAUCAGUUCUAUGCCAGUGAAGCCAGACGUAAACAUAUGGGGAGCUUUACUUGGUGCCUGCAGAGCAUGUGGAGAAACAAAGAUUGUGGAACGUUUGUCACAGCAUAUUAUGGAAUUAGAAUUGGAUGAUCCUGGCUAUUAUGUUCUAGCAUCCAAUGUUGUUGCUGGUUUUGGUAAGCGGGGCAGAGAUGUGUCAUAUAGUUGUGGAGACUACUGGUAG